UUGACAUUGACACUUCGACAAUUAAUAAAGUUUGUGAAAGAUGAGUGAUUGACUUGUUAUUUCUAAAAAAUAAUUAUCGAAAAUUAUUAUUUUUAGGAAAUUGGAAUUGGAUCCUACAUAAAGAUAAUCCUUUUCAAUUAAGUAAUGAUAUGAACAAUCCCGCCAUGAACUCAGCAACCGUGCCGCUGCUGGACGACGACACCAUCGCCUUCGGAGACGAGGACAACGCUAAUAAGGAGUUUGUCCACCCCUACAUAGUAAUCUUCCACUUAGUAUUCCGAUGCGCCGCCAUUGUAGUAUACGUCCUGUGCGGCUGGUUCUCCGACUCGUUCAUAGCCAGCUUCGUGCUCGUGGUGCUGCUGCUGUCUGCCGACUUCUGGACAGUCAAGAACAUCACUGGACGCCUAUUGGUCGGCCUCAGGUGGUGGAAUUAUGUGGAUGACGACGGGAAAUCACAUUGGGUGUUUGAAGCGAAACAGAACCGCGUGAACAGCAACGAGAGCCGCCUGUUCUGGAUGGGGCUCGUGCUGUGCCCUGUGGUUUGGGCGGUCUUCUUCGUGUUCUGCCUCUUCGGCCUCAAGUUCCAGUGGAUGCUGCUGGUCCUCAUAGCCCUGACGCUGUCGGGCGCCAACCUGGUGGGCUACGUGAAGUGCAAGUUAGGAGCUAAGCAGAGCCUCAGCAGCGCCACCACGGAGUUCGUGCGCGCGCGCCUGCUGCCCGGCGCGGCCGGCUUCGUGUUCGCUGCGCCCGCGCCGCGUUCCACCGCCAACACGGGCGUUAUCUAGAUGUACCGCUACAUUCGAUUAAAUUGUAUGAUAAUGGCGUCUCUUCUCGUCAUUUGCAACAGUUUCCGUCAUUAAUUUUCGCGAGAAAUCAUUGGCUACAGAAAUCCACUAUCUUUUACCUACAGUACUGUUAUUUAGAUUACUUAACUCAAAUACAGCCUAUAUUAUCCGCCAAAUGGGAUGUAUUAACCUUUUCAUCACUUCAAAAGUGACAUUAUGAUCGAUUCGAUUCAAGUUGAUGUACCUAAUAGUGGAGUGAUUGAGAUAUACUGCAGCAUCUUAUUAGAUGUAGUCUCUGCCUACCCCUCCGGGAAAGGGACGUGAUUUUAUGUAUGUAUGUAUCUUAUUACAACACUGUUUCUUUCCGUGAAGGUGAUCUCUUAAUCUUAUACUUGAUAAUGUCAAGCUAACGAGGAUAACGUUUUUCAAAACAAUAUCAAACCGAGUUUACAUUUAUUAAUGUGCAGGAAAUUUAUAACAUAAUAAUCAAACUAAUAAAAACUUCCAAACAGACGACUGACGCCUUAUUUCAUGUAUAGAAAUUGACAUGAUUUUUACCCCAAAUUAUUUAAAUGUUAAUUCAUCCCGAUAUCAACAUUUUUUUUACAUAACUGAUACCGUUAGUGUAAAUAUCUUUCUCUUUAAAAGUAAUUAAUAUUUUUUAUGUUAUGUUACCUACAUUGGACCGACAUAUCGGCUCUAUGUUAGCAUAAGUUUCAUACAACGCAUAGCGUUUCAAAUAAAGUUUUAUUUUUACUGCAGAAUCCAAUAACUAUAACUUUAGAGGCGUGUAUGUCAUCUUUUCUAUUUUAUACAAAUUCAAUACUUACAUCAAUUUCAAAGUAUAAGCGAAACCAAGUUGUAUGGAAACUUACGAACGCAGUCUAAGUCUUUAAUAUUUAUUGAGAAGGGUUUGUGUACAUUGUAAGAUAGGUUUUUAGUACAUAGGUUAUUAGAAGUUUAUGCGCGUAAUCGUCCAAUUGAAAUGCAUUUAUGUUGACUGCAAUGAGUUUCCAAAAUUAUCUGUUUUAUUAUAAUUGUUUUUAAAAUUGAAUUGCCUGUAAAAAUUGGGUAGCGUUUGCUUUUUACGUUUAACAUUAGAUUGAAGGAAGAAAUAUGUAUUUAUGUGUAUUCUAGGCCUUUAAUGUAAUAUAAUUUUAUAUAUAAUAUAGUUGUCAAUGUAGAGAUAUGGAUAAUUACAUUAAUAACAUAGGUGCACCUAUGUAAUUAAUGUAAUGUAAACCAUUUUAACGCAUUUUUUCUAACGAUUAUUUUGAAAGUCUGUAUAUGAAGAAUUUAGUCUAAUCUAUUGUAACUUUUCCAAAAUUGUCCAAGUUAUUUUCCAUAUAAUAGAUACCCUAAUUAUUAAUGUAUUUAAGAUGUAAUUUUUAAGUAAAUAAAAUUGUAAGAUGAGGUUUCGUAAAUUUUUUGAGUUAUAAUAUUUAUUUC